CGGAGGCCGAAUGGGGGGUGUGUGGGGGAACAGGUAGGAAGAGAAUUGCAGACAUGCAAUUCAGCCGCCGUUCGAUCCACCCGAUCACGAGCAAAGUCAACGAAUCCAGUAACAUCCAACCGUUGCCUCCACGCAGCCACGCCACCUUCACUUCCCAAUCCCCACGGACCACCACGCCUAUCGAGAUUCAACCGAUUUCCCACGCGACAGAACGCCGACGGGGAGGUCGAGGCGGCUGCGAUGGCUCUGGAGGUGCCGCCGGAGGAGUCCAACCGGUGCGUGCGCGGGUGCUGCCGCAGCGCCGCCAUCCCGCUCCACCUACCCGCCGCGUCCUUCUCCCUUCUCUCCCCCAUCGCGCGAGGGUCAGAGAGUACGGUGUACGAGGCGCGGCUUGGGGGCGAGCGCGCCGCGGCCAAGAAGCCCGUGCUGUCCACUUCCGACGACCUCGACAAGUUCCACUAUCAGCUCCAGCUUCUAUGAGACGUCUGAUUGGGAAUCAUAUGGAGGAUGGGCUAGUUGUGCUUCUGCCGCCAUUUAGCUUCAGUAAGCUGGAUCAUCCAGGGUUGGCAAAACUGAUUGCAGCACAUGCACGUCCUCCAAACUACUUGAUGUUCUUUGAAUUCUUUGAGCCUCCAAACCUAGCAGACAAGAUACAUGUCGAGGAGUGGAGCCCUUCUAUCCAGCAAGUGGUUAACAUUGCCAGCUAUCUAGCAAAGACUCUCGAAUACCUACAAAUCCUUGGGAUAGUACACAGGGAUAUAAAACCAGCAAAUAUUUUGCUAGAUAAAGAUCUCCUUCCACGACUAGCAGAUUUUGGCUUGGCUAUGUACCAGAAGGAUAUUAAAAGUGUUUCAGUUGAAAACUGGAAAUCAUCUGGCAAGCCUACUGGUGGUUUCUAUAAAAAGAAUAUGGUUGGGACACUAAUUUACAUGGCACCAGAAAUUUUGAGAAAGGAUUUACAUACAGAAAAAUCAGAUGUAUAUAGCUUUGCAAUAUCAGUAAAUGAGCUUCUUACUGGUGUGGUGCCUUACACAGACCUGCGAGCUGAAGCACAGGCACACACUGUUCUUGAAAUGACUUACACCGAACAGCAACUUACAUCAGCUGUUGUUUCUCAAGGAUUGCGCCCUGCUCUUGCCCUUCCAGAGUCGGGCUCACCGCCGAGUCUCUUGUCACUUAUUCAGCGCUGCUGGGACCCUGAUCCCAAACAGAGACCAUCAUUUGAGGAUAUUAUUCAAGAGUUAAAUGCAAUACAGAAGCAUUUAGUUACAUAUUCUUGCCCUCCGUCAUCCUGUUCUGUGAACAUGAGUCAAACGGGCAAUGCGGAAGUACACCAUUAUCAAGAAACAUUAAACUGGUUCAACCAAGGGGAGCUGUUCGCAAAGAAAGCAAACAAAUUAGAACAUACUGUGAAUCCUUGGUCUGAUUCUUUUGAUCAAUCCUCUGUCUCUAUGUAUCGUCCAACUUUAAGUUGGGGAUCUUUUGCAACAUGUGGACGAAGAGAAACAAUGGAAGAUACUCAUUUUAUGCUUCCCUGCAUGUCUGAAGAAAAAGACGUGCAUUCGUUUGGCAUCUUUGAUGGACACAGAGGUGCGGCAGCUGCUGAGUUUUCUGUCCGAGCAGUUCCUGGAUUUCUGAAGCAAUUUGGCCACACCAGCCCGACUGAUACCCUUGUUGAAGCAUUUAUGAAGAGUGACACAGCAUUUAGAGAAGAAUUAAUUAUUCACCAGAAGUCAAAAAGGAUUAUACAGAAAGACUGGCAUCCUGGUUGCACGGCAGUGACAGCACUGAUAGUGAGAAACAAGCUUUUUGUAGCAAAUGCUGGUGAUUGCCGCGCAAUUCUGAGCCGUGCUGGCAAACCAUUUCCCAUGACUAGGGAUCAUGUUGCUAGUUGCGCUAAGGAAAGAGAGCGUGUUAUAAAGGAAGGGACUGAAGUCAGAUGGCAAAUAGAUACAUGGCGAGUCGGUGCAGCUGCCCUUCAGGUCACCAGGUCAAUUGGUGAUGAUGACCUAAAGCCAGCAGUGACUGCAUUGCCUGAGGUUAUUGAAACUGAUUUAUCCACUGAUGACGAGUUCCUGGUUAUGGCUAGCGAUGGACUGUGGGACGUGGUAGGCAACGAGGAUGUCCUAUCCAUCAUCAGGGACACAGUGAAAGAACCUGGAAUGUGCUCCAAGAGGCUGGCUACGGAGGCCGCGUCGCGGGGCAGCAAAGACAACAUCACCGUCAUCGUUGUAUUCCUUCGCCCCGUCACCACAGCAGAGAGAGUAUACUAGCGAAUUAACCCUUGUGUGAAACUUGCAUAGCUGUCCAACGUCACCCCAGAUUCUGUAAUCACUACGGUGAACAGAUAAUCACAUCCAUACACAUACAAAUUGGUCACUCUGUAUUGGGCCAGAAAAAAAAUGAUUGUGUAUUUAAUUUCUUCAAGUUUUUUGUUGUUGUAAUGCCACUUAUAUUACCACUUGUAUACCACGGCUACAAGCUAAAGGAUUACGUGCACUCUUUCAUGUAUGACUCAGUAAAUGGAUUUUUCCUCUUUUGAGAA